UCCCGUUCACCGUCUGACCACGCCCCCACUCUAAUACUCUGUUCUGGACCACCCCACGUGAUCCCGGGCAAGGAAGGACUGAGGUGCGGGCGGCGGGAGAUCCGGGACUCGCGGGAGACGGGCCAUCGCUAUGGCUGAUUGGCGUAGGAGCGGUUCGCGGAAGCAAAAAUGGUCAAGUUCCACAGAGAUGUCUCCAAGCAAAUACUUGAAAAGCAAUGAGUCCAAAAUCCCUAGAGGGGCCAAUCAGGACAGAGGCUCCGAGAGUCCCAGCCCACCACGGGAAAGACGCCGCGUGUCACUAUAUCCAUCUCAGAGUACGCCAAAAUACCGGUCAGAUUCCCGUUCUGGUGACCGGUCCUCUGAGAGGGUCAGAAGCAGAAGUAGGGGCGACAAGCGGGUGCAGAGACCAGACUUCCAUGAAAGCUCCCAGGUGGUAACGCCCGCAGAUGUGCCUGGAAAGUCCGCGUCACGAGAAGAGAGAAACGAUCAUACGAAAUUGAAGGAGACGCCCAAGUCACGGACACGGGAAAACCGCGUGCAGUGCGCCUUGUUCAAGAGAGCGGUCAGUGACAUUCUUGGGACACCCUCCAGGGCCAGAAGGUCUCUGGUCAGUGAAGAUGCAAGUCCACAGGGAUUAGAGUCUAGGGAGGAGAUAAGUCGUCCAGACCCGAAAGAGGCAGCACGAACAUUCCCAGCAGUCCAGCCAAAUAGCCCAGUGAAAGAGCCUGCACGGGAGAGAUCAUUGGAGAGGAAGGAUAUACACCUGGGGAAGUCACGUAGUCAUGGACGAGCUGUAGCAGACCCUCUACCUGAGCGAGGAGCUGAUGUCCUGGAGGAAACACGAAGGCUGGUGUUCCUAUAUGAAGAUGAUAAAGACUCAGAUACAGGCGACAUUCCGGAAAAGGAUCCUUCUAUCGGUAGCGAUUUCUCUGACUUGGAGGAUGUUGGGCCCUUGGCCAGAUUCUCCCAGGAAGAUGAGGUGGAACCUUGUUGCUCUGUAGAAGACCAUCGUGAACUGUCCUCACCUAAUUAUGUGAUGUACCCUCGUCAGCUGUACGGAAGUCCCUGGCGUCACUACAAAGAUGUCUUGCCUAGCAGUCCAAUGUACAGGCCACCCGCAGAACAGGACACCUGGCGUCAGGAGGCCCACAACAGCAGUUGCGUCACAGAACGUUCAGCAAAUGUGCUGGACAACAGUAAUGUAAGCCUGUCCAGUGACAUCGAAUGCACCACUGAGAAGAGCCGCCAGCCGCUAGGUUCCCUCCACUCGCCAUGGAACUCUCCCACGACGUCCCUGGACUACGGAUUCAUAGACACGCAUUGCCACCUGGACAUGCUCUUUUCAAGGUUAUCGCACAAAAGUUCCUUUGCAGCGCUCAGACGGCAAUUCGCCAGCACCUUCCCCAGGGAGUUUCAGGGCUGUAUUACAGAUUACUGUGACCCCCGCACAUUGCAGAAGCUUCCGUGGCAGCAGAUUCUGAACGAGGACAUGGUUUGGGGGGCAUUUGGGUGUCACCCCCAUUUUGCACAAUACUAUAAUGAUCGGCUGCUGGACGAGAUGAUGAAGGCCCUGAGGCACCCGAAAGCCAUCGCCUUCGGAGAAAUGGGACUUGAUUAUUCGCACAAAUGCUCAACUGUCAAGGAAGAGCAGCACCAGGUUUUUGAGAAGCAGCUGAAGGUGGCGGUGCCUCUGGGGAAGCCGCUUGUGAUUCACUGUCGGGACGCAGAUGAGGAUUUGUUUAAAAUCAUGAAGAAAUGGGUUCCCCGAGAUUACAAGAUACAUCGACACUGCUUUACUGGCAGCUACAAAGACAUAGAACCAUUUCUUGACCAGUUUCCAAACAUGGCUGUGGGGUUUACCGCCGUCUUGACGUACAAUUCUGCGGCGAAAGUGCGGGACGCUGUGACUCGGAUACCGCUGGAGAGGCUGAUCGUGGAGACGGAUGCACCGUUUUUUGUCCCCAGACAGGUGCCUAAAAGUGUCUGCAAGUUUUCCCAUCCCGGCCUGGCCUUGCACACUGUACAGGAAAUUGCCAGGCUGAGGAACCUACCUAUCAAGGAGCUCUUGUUGAAGCUACGGGAAAACACUCUCCGCAUCUAUAAUAUAUAAGUGCCUGGCCACCGGACCGUCUUUAUUUUUGGCUGUGGAAAUUUUAUGUUUUCAGGUGAAGAAAAACUCAGUCGUGCCUUAUUUUAAUUAAAAUGUUUUAAUUUUCUCUGGAAGUCAGAUGGGGUGUUUACACCCUGAGCAAUCAGUGUUAAUGUUUCUGUUUCUUAAAACCGCUUUUUUUUAAAUGUCUUUGCCUAUUAAAAAAAAAAAAAAAAAGAUUUAUUUUUGUUUUAAAA